AUGCCAGGAAAAGGAAAUGCAGUUCUAAAAGGAGAUUGCAAGGGUAAAUGCCACCCGUCAACCAUUAACGAUACUUUUGUGGAGACAAGGACACAUCAUUUCAUGGUUAAUGGAAAGCCGUUGUAUUUUAAUGGCUUUAACGCCUACUGGUUAAUGUGUAUGGCUUCUGAUCCAUCUACAAGGGUGAAGGUCACAGAUGCAUUUCAAGAAUCUUCCAAGAUAGGAAUGAACCUGGUUAGGACUUGGGCUUUUAGUGAUGGUGGCAACAAACCCCUGCAAACCUCUCCCGGUUUUUACAAUGAGGACAUGUUUAAGGGAUUGGAUUUUGUGAUAUCAGAAGCGAAAAAGUAUGGGAUUCACUUGAUUCUCAGCUUGGUUAAUAACUGGGAUGAUUUUGGAGGUAAAAAACAAUAUGUUCAGUGGGCAAGGGAUCAUGGAGGACAAUACUUGAAUAGUGAUGAUGAUUUCUUUACUAACGUUGUAGUUAAAGGAUAUUAUAAGAAUCAUUUGAAGACCAUUCUUACGAGACGCAACUCAAUCACCGGGGUUGACUACAAGGAUGAUUCCACCAUCUUUGCAUGGGAGCUAAUGAACGAACCCCGCUGCCAGUCUGAUCUAUCAGGGAAAUUUCUACAGGAAUGGAUAGUAGAAAUGGCAGCUGAAAUAAAGUCCAUUGAUAAGAACCAUCUUCUCGAAAUCGGACUUGAAGGGUUUUAUGGGGAAUCAAUGCCUGAAAAGAAGCAAAACAAUCCGGGCUAUGAAGUAGGGACCGACUUCAUUACAAACAACGGCGUCAACAAUGUGGAUUUUGCUACAAUCCAUCUGUAUCCCGACCAAUGGGUUCCGGGAGCUAGCGAUGAAGCUCGAGCUAAAUUUGUUGAAAAAUGGAUUAAUGCACAUAUUGAGGAUUGUGAUUCCAUCUUGAGAAAACCUUUACUGAUUGCAGAAUUUGGCAAGUCCUCUUGGUCUUCAGGUUACACCGUAGAAGCAAGGGAUGAGUACUUUGGUGGGAUAUUCAACACGGCCUAUGAAAGUGCAAGAAACCGGGGGUCGUGUUCAGGUACAACUUUUUGGCAAGUCAUGGCGGAAGGAAUGGAUAACUGGGGUGAUGGGUACCAAGUUGUCUUGGACCAAAACCCCUCCACUGCUGCAAUAAUUGCCAAGCAGUCUCAAAGAAUUUCAUCACUCAACUCUUCAACCAACCUAGAGUUCUCUCCCGUUGCUGUUGAAAAAUAA